UUUUUUUUUUGAACCUGUUUUCUUCCAACUAGUUUUAAUAUCAAUGGCACGCUGGACAGUCCAUGGAUUACAACGUGGUGCAAAGGAAGCUGUGCAAGGAAUUCAACUUGUUAUCAAGAACCCUCAUCUACGUCAACAGAAAUUCUUACACAUUUUUCUUACAUUAACCAUCUUUUCUUUGGUUGUAUUGGGUCUCACACAUCUUCUUGUCAUCAUUCCUCUUCGUAUCAUUCGAGCCUUGUUAUUUGUCUAUGCGGGUCCUGGAGGUGAUAUUAGUAAAGUAGAAGACAUGUUGGAAACAGCACACCAAGUCAUUCUGGAUAUUGUAUCAUAUGUUCCUGUGUUGGCUCUUUUAUUUAUGCGCUAUGUUUAUCCAAAACCUCUUGACGAUUUAUUUAUGGAAAUGCUUCGUUACAUUGAUGAAAUCAACAAACAAGAACAGGUGUCAUGUUAUUCACUCCUUAUGGCCAAAAGAACAUACAAGAAAGAAUAUUGGCCCAAUAUGAAAUCAUAUAUGCAACGUACUUGGAAAAAGGUAAGGUUGGGAUUGUUGAUCUUUAUCUUGUCAUUAUUACCAGUUGUUGGUCGUUUUGUAUUUCCAGCUGCAGGAGCCUAUGCCACUCUCAAGUCACUUGGCAAGACGCAAGGUAUCGCGGUUGGUAUUUGUUUUUUCUUUUUACCUCGAUGGGCCACUAUGCAAUUGAUCCGUUCACUGAUAGGUAUGCGAACUCUGAUGCGUGAACUACUCGAUCCUUACUUUGUCCGUAUGAAUAUGUCCCACAAAGAAAAACGACGUUGGUUCAGUGGUCGCAAGGAUGUCUUGUUCGGUUUCUCUGCUAUUGCUUAUCUACUCAUCCGUGUUCCCUAUUUUGGUUUUGUGGGUUAUGGUGUUGCUCAGGCUGCCGCUGCUUAUAUGUUAACAACAGUUAUCUCCAAGGAAAAUGAUGAUCCUGCCUCGCCUUCUUCUUCUCGGGAAAAUAGUGUGGAUGAUUUGAGAGUGAACAAUGACAAGUUGGAUUAGAUUUUUUUUUUAAAUACCUUUUUAUUUUUUAUUCCUUUUAUCAUUCUUCCUAUUUAUAUAACAAAUAGAAUAGUUUUUUGUUUUAUUCAGUAAAUAGCUAUAUACAAAUGG